AAGUGACAGCAUUAGUUGAUCGCAUCAACGAAUUCCGCUCAGUCCAUAUGGAUGGCCGAGAAAGAUGGCCGCCUUGAUUCCGAGGUAUACUCUACAAGCAGCAAGAAAGCAGACAACAUGCAUCGCGGCGGUCGCGGUGCAGGCGAAUCAUUACUCGUCGGAGCCGCGAAUCAUCAAGAAUCCAACUACCGCUUCUUUAAAGAAGGGCACAGGUGGCCGUAGCUCCUUCAAUGGGAUAGUAUGCACGCUGUUCGGCUCAACUGGAUUCGUUGGGCGCUAUUUGUGCAAUCGCCUUGGCAAGAUUGGUACUCAGUUGGUGCUGCCAUACAGAGGUGACAUGUAUAACUGCUUGCCUCUGAAGCUCUGCGGAGACCUGGGGCAAGUCCUGUUUCAUCCGUUUCAUCUACGCGACGACGAAUCAAUAAGAAAAUGUAUCAAGUACUCCAAUGUCGUUAUCAAUCUAAUUGGUCGAGAUUGGGAAACUAGAAACUUCACUUUUCAUGAGGUGAAUGUUGAGGGAGCCAGGAGAAUUGCCAGACUAUGCAAAGAAGCCAAUAUCGAACACUUUAUUCAUGUGUCUGCCUUAAAUGUGGGUGAUGAAUUGGAGUCACAUAUAUUGAAGGACGGUUCUCAGUACCUUCGUACAAAAUGGGAAGGCGAAUGUGCAGUGCGAGAAGAAUUUCCUGAGGCUACAAUAAUUCGGCCCUCAGAUAUAUGGGGUCAAGAGGACCGAUUUUUACGUUUGUACUGUGGCAUAAUGAGACAUCAUUUUAGAACUGUACCAAUGUGGGAAAAAGGUGAAAAAACAGAAAAGCAGCCAGUGGCUGUAUACGACGUCGCCAAAGGUAUUACAGCUAUUGCAAAAGAUCCUAAACACACGGCUGGCAAAACUUACCAGUUUGUCGGGCCGAAUCGUUAUAAACUAUCUGAAUUAAUAGACUGGUUUCAUCGGAUACGGAUACGCGAUCCAGUCGAAGACGGUUACAGGAGAUUUGAUUUGAAAUACGCUCCGCUUUUUAAACUUAAAGUUUCUUUGAACGAAUUAAUAAGUACUGCACAUCCAUUAGGAUACUUGAGCUGGGAACAUUUAGAAAGGGAAACGAUAUCUGAUAAAAUAUCAAAUGAAUUGCCAACUCUAGAAGAUCUUGGCAUCGAUUUAACGACAAUGGAAUCAAGAAUGCACUGGGAACUGAAACCGUGGCGUAAAGAUCAUCAAUAUAUGGAGAGUGUUGGCGAAUACGAUCCUGUUCCGAAUCCACCAAUCGUUGCAAUGCAUUAAAUACUUUCUAACAAUGCGUUAGAUUAAUAUAUAGAAUGUAAUAUGUACUCUGUUAAAGUGAUACUUGCUGUAAAGAGUAUGUUGUUAAUUAAAUAUCGCGGUCUUAAGAAGAUCUUAAAAAAAUA